GACGUCAACGGCGCGAGCCAGACGGGCUUCAUGGUGCCGCAAGGCUUCCUUAGACGCGGCUCGCGCUGCUCGAACGCGCGAGCGUUCCUGAGGCCGGCGCGGCUUCGACCGAAUCUCCACACAGCACUCAGCGCCUUCGUCACGCGGAUCCUGUUCGAUUCGGCGCGGCGGGCGUAUGGCGUCGUGUUCGACCGCGGGGGCGAGGAAGGGCGCGGACAGGAGGUUCGCGCACGGAGGGAGGUGAUUCUAGCGGCCGGCGCCAUCAACACGCCGCAGCUGCUCCUGCUGUCGGGCGUGGGGCCUUCGCAGCAGCUGAGGCGCUACAACAUCUCUGUUGUGGCCGACCUCCCCGUCGGGCGCAACCUGCAGGAUCACAUAGCCGGUAGCGCUAUCUUCACGAUCAGGGAGCCCGUGUCCCUCCUGUACAGUCGGCUGGAGAACCUCCCUGCCCUCCUCAAGUACACGGUGUUUGGCUCGGGCCCCCUCACCUCCCUGGGCGGCGUCGAGGGGGUCGCCUUCGUGUCCACCAGGUUCGUGAACGCCUCCCUGGACUGGCCCGACAUCGAGUUCCACUUCGUGUCCGGGACGCAUGCCUCGGACGGCGGCUCCCACCUGCGCCGCGCGCUGGGCCUCCGGGAAGAGUACUGGGCCCACUACUUCAGUCACCUUGUCGACCGCGACCAGUUCAGCAUCCUGGCCAAGCUGAUGCGGCCUCGGAGCCGAGGCAUCGUGGAACUCCGCUCGGCUGACCCCUAUGAGUACCCGAAGAUUAUUACCAACUACCUGCACGACCGAGCUGACCUGCUGGUAAUAAAGGAAGGCCUGAAGAUUGCUCGCCAGGUUGGGAACACCCGGGUCUUCCGUGAGUUCGGUGCCAGGCUGUUUGAUCUCCCGCUUCCUGGAUGUGAGAGUUUUGAGAUGACGUCAGAGGCCUACUGGGAGUGUUACAUCAAACACCUGACAUUCACCAUCUACCACUAUUGCGGCACCGCCAAGAUGGGGCCGUACUGGGAUCCCGACGCUGUGGUUGACCCCAUGCUGAGGGUGUACGGGGUCCAGGGACUCCGGGUGGUCGACGCCUCCGUCUUCCCGACCAUCCCCAGCGGCAACACCAACGCCCCCGUCACCAUGGUCGCCGAGAAGGCCGCCCACUUGAUCAAGGCGUUCUGGGCGUCCGCGAAGACCACAGGCGACGGCGACGCUCGCCCCCCCACGGCGCUGCACUCGGAGGAACUCUGAAACCCCGUCUAUCUAUCUGCCUCUGUCUGUCUGUCUGUCUGUCUUUCCCUCUGUCUUUGCCUAUCUGCUUAUUUG